AUGGCUUCUCUGAGAGGCUCUUCUUCCUCUUUCACCCAACACUGCAAAUAUGAUGUGUUCUUGAGUUUCAGAGGUAAAGAUACUCGCACUGGUUUCAUCAGCUUUUUAGAUGGAUUUUUGUGUGAUAAAGGAAUUAACACCUUUAUGGAUGAAAAGCUUCCAAUUGGAGAAGAAAUUACUGCAGAACUUCUAGAAGCCAUUGAAAGUUCUAGGAUUUCUAUAAUUGUCUUUUCUGAAAACUACGCAUCUUCCGCUUGGUGUUUGGAUGAGCUUGUAAAAAUCUUUGAGUGUAAGAAGAAUGGUCAAAUUGUACUACCUAUUUUUUAUGAGAUAGAUCCAUCGGUAGUACGUAACCAAAAGGAAAAGUAUGGUGAAGCGUUGGACAAACAUGAACAAAAUUUCAACAUGAACAAAGUGCGAAGAUGGAGGGUAGCUCUAAAAGAAGCUGGCAAUACAUGCGGUCGGCAUUACAAAAAAGAGUAUGUAUUUAAUGACUACUUUGUUAUCUCCAUUUAA